AUGGGCAAGAUCAUCUUCUACGAGGACAGGAACUUCCAGGGUCGCUCCUACGAGUGCAUGAGUGACUGCUCUGACAUGGCCUCCUACCUGAGCAGGUGUGCCUCCUGCAGGGUGGAGAGCGGCUGCUUCAUGGUCUACGACCGUCCCAACUUCAUGGGGAACCAGUACUUCCUAAGGAGGGGAGAGUACGCCGACUACAUGUCUUUUGGCAUGAGCGACUCCAUCCGAUCCUGCCGUUUAAUUCCUCAGCACCGAGGCUCUUACAGGAUGAGGAUCUAUGAGAGGGGAAACUUCCAAGGCCAGAGUCAGGAGCUGAUGGACGACUGCGACAACAUCAUGGACCGCUACCGCAUGUCCGACUGCCAGUCCUGCAACGUGAUGGACGGCCACUGGCUGAUGUACGAGCAGCCCAACUACAGAGGCAGGAUGGUCUACCUGAGCCCCGGGGAGUACAGGAGCAUGAGAGACAUGGGGUUCAGCGGCAUGCGGCUCAGCUCUGUCAGGCGUAUCAUGGAUUCUUGUUAA